GCGACGCGGGGCGUCCCGCUGAGGGAGCGGCGGCAUGUUGCAGCCGCGGCGGCCGCUCGUCGGCCUCGUCGCCCGCUGUGCCCGGACCGCCCGCCUCGGCCCCCGCCCGCCCGGGCCCGCCGAGGCCCCCCCCGCUGCCGGUGGCCAGGCGGGGGGCGGCGCGGGUCGGCGGGGCCUGUUGGGCCUGCUGGCGCGGCAGUGCAGCUGCGUGACGGGGCAGCGGGCGCGGCGGGCCCGGCGGGCCUGGUACCGAGGCGGUGGUAGCGGCGGGGACGGGGCGGCGGAGCGGGCGAGGCGAGGCUGCGGAGGAGGAGGAGGGGGGUGGUGGUGGUGGUGGUGGUGGCGGGGGCUGCUCCGAGGCCGCCCCGCCUUCGCCGCUACCGGCCGCCUCAUGGCGACCCUGGCCGGUGUCUUCGUCUGGGACGGGCAGCGCAUCGAGGAGGAGGAGCUGCAGCGGUCUGCGCAGGAGAUGAAGCACAUGGAGAACAUAUCCAGCCUGUUACAGGGCGGCAGUCCGGGCGAGUAUCAGCGGCUGGAUCCCAAAUUGGAACGAGAGGCGAUCGCAGCUCCUGGGGAGCAGCCCUGGGAGAUGAUCAUGGACAAGAAGCACUUUAAGCUCUGGCGGCGGCCAAUCGAGGGUACCCACUUAUACCAGUACCGAGUGUUUGGGUCAUACACAGAUGUGACUCCCAGGCAGUUCUUCAACGUACAGCUGGACACUGAAUACAGGAAGAAGUGGGACUCACUGGUCAUCAAAUUGGACGUAAUCGAGAGAGACUUGGCCACUGGAUCAGAAGUGAUUCACUGGGUCACUCAUUUCCCGUACCCUAUGUACUCACGAGACUACGUAUACGUUCGACGGUACAGCGUAGACAAAGAGAACAACCUCAUGGUACUAGUCUCACGGGCAGUGGAGCAUCCAAGCGUCCCUGAAGACCCUGAGUACGUUCGGGUCAGAACCUAUGAAUCCCAAAUGGUCAUCCGUCCCCACAAAACCUUUGACGAGAACGGUUUCGACUACUUGCUGACCUACAGCGACAACCCUCAGACUGUGUUCCCCCGUUACUGCGUCAGCUGGAUGGUCUCGAGCGGUAUGCCGGAUUUCCUGGAGAAGCUGCACACGGCAGCGCUGAAAGCCAAAAAAAUGGAGAUCGAAGUGCGGGACUAUAUGUCUGCCAAGCCCAUCGAGAGCGGCGGCAGCGAGGGGAAGGCGAGUAUGGCAGCAGCGGAGCACAAGAGCGAUGGUACCUGCAGCCCUGCCCAGCUGGAAUAUGCCUGAGAAGCCAAACCUCCGCUCCUCCGGCCCCGGGACGGGGAGCCGAGCUCCGGAGAGGGACCUGUGCCGUGCCGCUGCCGCUGGAGCUUAGUUCAGUUUUUUUCCCUCCCCGUCUCAUCUCCAAAGCUCUGCUCCCUCUUCAGGAUGGGGAUCCUGUCCCCCACGCCGUAUGUGUUCGUGGCCAGGCUGAUGAAAUCUCAUGUCGUGUAAUCAUUUUUCUGUACCGGUAAAUAUUUCCCCUCCCCGACAGAAAAAAAUACCCUAAAAAAAAAAAAACUUUUAUCGCGGCACGGACAGCCUCCCCCUGCCCUGCCCACCCCCUCCUUUUCUCGUCCCUCUUCGGACUCUCGACCCCAAAUAUUUUUGGGUCUUGCUUUUGUACGGCGGCAGUUGGAUGAGGAUGUUCCACGUCACCGUCUCACGGUGGGGUUUUUUUCCCCCCACCAAAAGACCCUUCAACCUCCUCGGCCCGCAAGGAGGGGUUGGUUGUUAUUGGGGUGGGUGGCCUGAACUGGUGGAACUGGGGGAAAAAUGCUAUUUUUGGGGUGGUUUUUAGCUGCUGGUUUGUUGUAGGGGAGGGUGGAGCUUGUGGGAUUGGGGCGGGGGGCACCUUUCUGCCGGUGCUAACCUGGGUCACCGCGACCCCCCCCCACCGUUGUUUGUGGUGUUACAGGGGCUGAUCCCGCCGGGUUGUGGCACGAGGUGGGGGGGGCAGCGAAAGCUGUAGGAUCGGCAAAAUACUAAUAAAUUAUCUGUCCUAGCCACAGCUGUGGUGGCACCCCCUGGGAUCCUAAUUAGCAUCCCACAUUAAUGAACCCCUCUGGGGUCUGACGGAUGGGUCCCUCUCGCACCCCCUUCAAUCCCCACCUUAAAAUAAUUUUAUCUUAAAUAUAAAUUCCCAACUUAAAAUAAAUUUAUCAUAUAUUUAUCACCCCCUUCA